AUGUUUCACCUCAACCUGUUAUGUAGCUCAUUUUCUAGACCAUAUACAUAUCAACAGCAUGUCAAGUGUAUAACAGAGAAUCAAAAAUAUGGGUCAAAAAACUAUGUUGAGAAGGAGGCAAAGGGUGAAAUGAAGCAGAAUGCUUGGUGUGAGCAAGUGGAGCGUGCCAUUGAAUUCGUGAAGGAUCCUCGUUUAAGAUCAUUAUUGGAGAAUAUUCAGGGGUACAGUAAUAUUCCUCGUAAGGAAGCGAAGUUCAUCAAUUUUCUUACGAAUUCCUGCCGCAUACGUGAUGAAGCCCUUUGCCGCAGGGCAUGGAAAGCGAUCGCUGAUGAGGCAGAAAAACUCAAAAAGGAGCAGGAGGAAAGCAAAGCGACCGAAAAAAUAGAGGAGGCCGCACCAUCUACCAAAAGCCAACAAAAUGGUGCAAAUGGAGCGGUGGAAUGCAACAAUAACGAGGUCAAAAAGUUACGAAAAGCUGUUAUAAACGCAUACAAAGAGGUUAUUGGCGAUGAGGAAGGAGUAGAGGAAUUGUUCGAAAGCAAGCUUGCGAAAAGUGGCGUUAGCAUAAAUGGGAAAAUUGGUUUCACUUCAGUCCUGACAUUAAUGUUAUGA